AUAAAAAUAAAUAAAAUUUUAAAAAAUCCAAUCAUUUUUGGAGUUCCCUGGUGGCCUAGUGGUUAAGGAUCUGGUGUCACUGUUGUGGCAUGGAUUCGAUCCCUGGCUCAGGGACUUCUGCAUGCCACAGGCACAGCCCCCCAAAAAAAUCAUUUUUGAGGUGUAAUUUACAUAUAAUAAAUGUAUCCGAUCAAUUUUGACAAAUGUACACACACCCGCGUGACCCCCACCACAGUCUAAAUGCAGACCGUCUCCAUCACCAAAAAGGUUCCCUGAUGCCCCAACUGUAGGCAAUGACUGACUGAGAUUAUGUCAUUGCAGAUUAGAGUCACCUUUUCUUGAGUUUCAUCUUCACAGAAUGUUUUUGUGUCUGGCUUCAUUUAUUCAUCAGAAUGUUUUUGAACACAUGUCAAUAGUUUGUUCCUUUCUAUUGCUACAUAGUAUUUCAUUGCAUACCACAAUUUGGUUGUUCAUUCACUUGGGUUUUUUUUUUUAGGGCCAUACCUGCGGCACAUGGAGGUUCUCAGACUAGGGGUCAAAUUUGAGCUGCAGCUGCCGGCAUACAUCACAGCCACAGCAAUGCAGGGUCCAAGCCACAUCUGCGACCUGCACCACAGCUCAUGACAAUGCCAGCUCAUGACAAUGCCUUAACCCACUGAAUGAGGCCAGGGAUCAAACCCGCAUCCUCACAGAUGCUAGUCAGAUUCUUAACCUGCUGAGCCACAACAGAAACUCCCGCAUUCACCUGUCAAUGGGCAACUUUUAUUGUGGUAAAAUAUAUAUAACAUAAAAUUUACCUUUUUAACCGUUUUAAGCGUAGAGUUCAGUGUUUGAAGUACGUUCACCCUGUUGCACAACCAUCACCAGAAGCCCAAAGAGCCCCAAAGUGAAACAGUGACUCCCUGUCCCCUCCCCUGAGUCCCUGGCCACCCUCGUUUUACUUCCUGUCUCUAUACUCUUGACUACUCCGAGUACCUCACAUGCGUGGAGUCGCACACCUCAUCCUUUCGUGACUGGCUUGUCUCACUUAGCAUAAUGUCUUCAAAGUACAUCAUCCGACCAGAACCUUAAAGCGGCUCAUAAAAAUAUUGCUGUGUGUAGCACAUGGGGUUGACAUGCUGGAUGGAGAAGAGAAGGAAAUGACGUAAGGUGGACUCGAGGCCCUUGGGAUCCAGAACCGCCUCCCCCCCACCCUCUCCACCCGCUCCCUGCUGCCCCCGCUCCAGUGGCCACGGAUCAGAUCAUACGCAUGAGGCUGCAUGUGCUUGGUGGUGUAGGUGGCAGUGACCUUCACCAAGGAGGAGCUGGGGCUGCUGGACCCCACGCAGAGGAGGCUGUAUCAGGACAUGAUGCUGGAGAACUUCCAGAACCUGCUCUCAGUGGGGACGGGCCCCUGUGACUCUGCCAGCCUCCUGGCAUGUCUCGGUUUCAAAUGUGCAGACUCCUGUGGCGCAGCAGGUGAAGGCUUCGGUGUUGUCCUGGCUGAGGCUUAGGUUGCUUCUCUGGCGCAGGUUCAAUCCCUGGCCCAGAAACUUCCACCCAUGCCAUCUUGGUGGGGGUUUAAAUCAGUUGGUGAAUCGCAUCACUAUUGCAUUUAAUGAAACAAGGCAGAACCAUCAUAGCUUCUUGUCAGCGUCUGUAUACAGUGCAACAGAAAUUGUGAGUAACGGAUGGGAAAAGAGAUGAGAUGAAAGUAAAUAGUGCUUGGGAUCAGGUCAUUCGAUCCCUCGAUUCUGUGAUCUGUGUAUUUGGGUACUGGAUCACGACAGAGAAGGUAUUCAUUACCACAGGCCACAGUCAGAAUUUGGAAAAGUACUACUUAAAGAGUGCAUGAAGAUUGUGGUGGUGGAAUAAAAAUUUUAAUUUAUGUACUCACCUGUGCCUUUUCUAUUUCUUUUUCACAGGAUAUCAACCCCCCAAAGUAGAUAGGAUAUUGCAGUUAGGGAGAGGAGAGCAGCUUUGGGCGGAGCCAGAAACCCACAGGGAUGGGUGCUCAGUGAAGACCAAGCAGGGUGGAGUCCUAGCAGCUAAGUCCUUGGUGCUAAGUGGAUCUCGCCGCUUUCACUCCUCCUGCAGACAGCUCACGAGUGGAUAAUACCCCAGUGGGACAAAAGGAUUAUUACCUUCUGAUGCUUGUGCAACCUGAUGUGAAUUUCUUUGGGACUUGUGUUAGCCAUCAAUUGCUGUGUGACGAGUUACUCUUAAACUUAGCAGUUUAAGGAGUUCCUGCUGUGGCGCAAUGGGAUUGGCAGGUUCGCUGCAGCACCAGGGCACAGGUUCAAUCCCCAGCCCAGCACGGUGGGUUAUAGGAUCCGGCGUUGCCAUCGCUGUGGCGUGGGUCAACUUGCAUCUCGGAUCUGAUCCCUGGUCUGAGAACUCCAUACACUGUGGGGUAGCCAAAAAGGAAAGAAAGAAAAAAAAGCAAAACUUAGCAGCUUGAAACUAGACAUUACAGUCUCUGUGAGCCAGGAAUCUGGGGGCAGCUUAGCUGGGUGGUUCU